CAGCAAAGCUCCCCGAGAGAGGUAGAGACCUCAGCUCCAACGCACCCCGCCACUAUUAUAAAAAAUAAAAUCGCUUGACCAGCUCCGGCACCGGCCAGCUCUCUCAGCCCGAGCCCUGAAUUUGGCGAGGACCCGGCCGGCACCGCUCGCCCCUCGCCCCCCACCCUGCCCGAGGCUCGCAGGCACCUGGCGGCCCCCCCCGGCCGACGGCACCCCCAGGCACCGCCCGGGGCAGGCAGGGCGCUCGGGCGGCUCCCCCUCGCCCGGAUUUCGGCCAACUCUCCUCCCCGCUACAACUUUAGCAUGAUGUCUUAUCUUAAGCAACCACCUUAUGCAGUCAAUGGCCUGAGUCUCACAACCUCGGGCAUGGAUUUGCUGCACCCGUCCGUCGGUUAUCCCGCCACCCCCCGAAAGCAGCGGCGGGAGCGCACCACCUUCACCCGGGCGCAGCUGGACGUGCUGGAGGCCCUUUUUGCCAAGACCCGCUACCCCGACAUCUUCAUGCGGGAGGAGGUGGCGUUGAAAAUCAACCUGCCCGAGUCCAGAGUGCAGGUGUGGUUCAAAAACCGCCGGGCCAAGUGCCGGCAGCAGCAGCAGCAGCAGCAGAACGGGGGCCAGAACAAGGUGCGGCCGGCCAAAAAGAAGAACUCGCCGGCCCGGGAAGUGAGCUCGGAGAGCGGGACCAGCGGGCAGUUCACGCCCCCCUCCAGCACCUCGGUCCCCACCAUUUCCAGCAGCAGCGCCCCUGUGUCCAUCUGGAGCCCAGCGUCCAUCUCCCCGCUCUCCGACCCCCUGUCCACCUCUUCCUCCUGCAUGCAGAGGUCCUACCCCAUGACCUACACCCAGGCCUCAGGUUACAGCCAAGGAUACGCUGGCUCGACCUCCUAUUUCGGAGGGAUGGACUGUGGAUCUUAUUUGACCCCUAUGCACCACCAGCUGCCCGGACCUGGGGCCACCCUGAGUCCCAUGGGUGCCAACGCGGUCACCAGCCACCUCAACCAGUCUCCGGCCUCCCUCUCCACCCAGGGCUACGGAGCCUCCAGUUUGGGCUUUAACUCGACCACCGAUUGCUUGGAUUAUAAAGACCAAACCACCUCCUGGAAGUUAAACUUCAAUGCUGACUGCUUGGAUUAUAAAGACCAGACAUCCUCAUGGAAGUUCCAGGUUUUGUGAAGGCCCGCGGGGAACCUUUGUGAUCAUACGAGAAACCGCGACAAGAACGAACACGCUGGGCCCAACGCUCCAGUUCUAGUCAGGUCUUGGUUAAAUUAAAGAGAAAAUAACUAAAACGGACAAACGGACAAACAAACGAACAAAAAACCGACGACGACAACAGCAACAAAAGAGGGACAGUGCUGGUGUGACCACGUUCAGACUCAUCUCCUGCUCAGACGCUCUGGACAAGGAAUAACAAAGAGGAAAACGGAGGAGGAAGGCCUUAAACGGACAGAUCAUCUAGUGAGCAGAAAACAGACAGACCAAUCUGUGUUCUUUAUAGUUUUAGGCAAAUUGUUGGGUUUCUUUGUUUGGAAGAGGUGGGAGAUCGUUCCACCUAUGGGCCAGUUUAAAAAAAAAAUUCUAGGUUUUUAUUUCUUUUUUGUGUGUGCGUGGAAAGAUCCUUCACCCAGAGGUUUCCAAUGUGUUAGCCAACCCUUGGUUAAAAUAUUCGGAAUGGACAGCAUCUCUCUCUUUCUCUUUUUCUCCCUCUUUCUCUCCCUCCCUCCCUCUUUCUCUCUUGAGCUCAUUCAACUGUUUCAUGCCCAACUUGCUCAAGUUGGCACCGAGAGAACUUGGUUCAGGGCUGUGUGGGUUGUGUGACUGAUUGUCCUAGCUGCACUACUUUAUUUAAAGAAAAAAAAAUAAUGUUCAUAAGGAGUCAAUAUGUAGUUUUUAAGAGACAAUCAGUGUGUGUCUUAUAUAAAUGGUACAUCUGUGGUUUUUAAUCUGUGCUAGACUUCAAAACUGUGAUCUCCUGUAUUGUAUGCAACUACGAACUCCGCACCAGCGGGAGUUCUGCUGUGAUUUACAUAGGUUAUAAUUAUAAGUGAAAUUCAGAGCAACUGAGUUACCUAUUAUCAUCUUUUUAAAAAUACAAAAAAAUAUAUAUUAGAAAAAAAAAAUACA